AUGGAUGAAGCAUUUGCACAUCUUGAGGGAAAUACACAGGGGAAAAAAUCAGUUACAUCCCCAGACGGUGGUUGGGGGUAUGCUGUUUGCAUCGGAGUUGGAUUCACUUUUAUGCUGGGAUUUGGAUCUUCAAAUGCAUUUGGUAUACUAUUUAACAACUUUUUUAUAGAACAAGACGGUGCUAGUGGUCUGCCACUAGUUAUUGGAAUUUAUAACGGAGCUUUAUCCAUAUCAGGAUUUCUCAGCGGAAUUGCUCUCAAGAAGUAUUCUUUUCGUCAAGUUGGACUGGUCGGUGCGGGACUGUUUGUUUUGGGAGAUAUAUUAACUAUAUUUGUAGAAAGAACCUAUCAACUAGCUUUUACGUUUGGAGUUAUAAGAGGUGCCGGUUUCGGGGUCAUGAUACCCGUCAGCUUCACUGCAUUUAAUUGUUACUUUACUAAAAAGCGAACUGCAAUGAUGAGCGCCAAUCAGACCAUGAGCAGUAUGGCUUCCAUAACAUUUCCCAUACUGGUGACGUUCCUUCUAUCGGAGUACGGGUUCCGAUGGACCCUCGCUCUCAUAAUGGCGGUUGAUUUACAUUUGAUUUUUGCAAUGCUGGUUAUGCAUCCAGUUGAAUGGCACCAGAUUAAAGUACAAGGAUGUCAAGAUAAAGAGAUGUCUCAAAUUUCUGAAGUCAAAAGUCCUAAAAAGAAAUGCAUUAAUAAUGAUAUAUUUGAUGAAUCAAUUAUAAAAAUGUUACCAGGUGACGACAAUGUCAUUGAAAUAAAAUCAAGUUCAACUCGACACGAGUCGAUCCAAAAAAGUAUAAUAAAAGUAAUAUAUGAUAAUGUUGAGUUGGAUCUUCUGAAGGAUCCUAGAUUUGUAAGCACUUUAAUCGGACUAGGAUUCGCUUUUGUGUCUGACGUGACAUAUUUAGCCAUGGAGCCUAUGUUAUUGUUCUCAUACGGAUAUACCAAGAUGCAAGUAGCAACGUGUGUGAUGAUAGGGGCUAUCGCAGAUCUUAUAGCUAGAUUUUGUCUCGCUGUUUUUACUUACUUUUAUACUGUAGACAGCAAAACUCUAUUUUUUGCUGGUACAUGUGUAACUAUGUUAUUGAGAAUAGCGUUGGUGACUUCUGAUAACCUGUACUUUGUGAUCGGCAUCACUGCUGUAUCUGGUCUGGUUCGAUGUUCCGUCCAGGUGUUGUUUCCUCUGGUCCUGGUAACAGCUGCACCAGAUCGUUUCCCAGCAGCUCUGGCUUUGCAUAUUUUAUUCUCGGGUUUCUUGAUGCUAAUGGCUGACCCUUUGAUUGGUGUCAUCUACGAGGCAACCGGCAGCUAUGUGAACUGCUUCAUCGCCAUGAGCUUCUGUUGUUUAGUUUGUGUUGUUAUUUGGACUGUUGAAUACAUCGUUUAUCGAAAACUUGACUCCUGA